AUGAACAUUUUAAGGAGAACUGUUUUCAUGAAACCCAUAUACCACACAAUUAAUUUGGCUUGGUGUGGCAAGUUGAAGCCUCCGUUGACACAGACUUGCAGUCAACGACUGCUAUAUGUCGGGGAAAGAGCUUCUCUUGCCAAAGCUUUUAGUGCAAGAGAUGUUGCUCUUUUUGCUGAACUAACUGGUGAUACAAACCCCCUUCACCUCGAUCCAGACUAUGCUAAGACCACCACUUUUGAAACUCCUAUUGUUCAUGGUGUUCUUAUUAAUGGGCUGAUUUCAGCGGUUCUAGGGACAAAAAUGCCAGGAAAAGGCUGCAUAUUCCUCUACCAGGAAAUUCGCUUCCCAGCACCCCUUUACAUCGGAGAGGAAGUGGUGGCUGAGGCAGAGGUGAAAAAAAUAAAAAUGUCAUUUGCUUUUAUUUCUGUUUCAUGCUCUGUUAAAGAUAAGGUAGUUAUGGAAGGUGAGGUUAUGGUUAUGAUGCCAGAACAUGCAGAUAGGUCUUAAAGAGAAAAAGAACCUUCCAAUCAUGUUUUUGUUGUUACUGUGGUGUCAAAUGUAUCUUUUUGACCUAACAAUAAAUGGAAAAUUAAAUUGGA